CAAAAUAUUUGUUAUUUUUAAAAUGUAGCUACGUUUCCGAUUAAACAUGGUUUUUUACUGUAUGCCUCCGCUCCGAAGAAAUAGCUGUGAAUACAAUUUAAAAAGGGAUUGACGGGAUUCAUGUUUAAUGGGGAAGUCAACGGAAAGGACUGUUGCCUGUAGCAACACCUAAAACUUUGGGGCUCUCCAACAAGAACAAGUAGUAGAGUAGCUACCUGUAGCUACCUAGCUUGCACAGAUAACGAUACGGAUUUGCGCACCAAUCUCGAUACAAUACCUUUUUUCUCAAGAAGGCAGUCGACAUGGCAGCACCCCAUAGAAGUCCAACAGUCCUACAGAAGAUAAGAGAAAGCAAAUGCGAAAUGGACGAUGUUCAGAAGUCUUUAGAGAAACUCCGCAGUCUUUCUGAAGAUGAGAGGACAGAGUCUGGGAUGUUGCGGUCAAGGAUUGACGAGCAAUCAAGUUUGAUUUGCAUUUUGAAACAAAGAGCAGAUGAGAUGCUUCUUCGCUGUCAAGCUCUAGAGGAGAUCAACUCUGAAUUAGAAAACCUUAGAGCAAAGAAGCAAAAAGAACUUGACAAUGAAAAGAAGAGAUCCAUGCAGUUGGAGCAAAGAUUUAUGAGUCUGGCAGCCAACCAUCAAGAACUGAUCAAUUUCAAGGACGAGUUUAAAAGACAGAAUGCCAAACUAAAACUGGAAAACCAACGACUUCAGGAGGACAACGAGAAACUUUUCUCUAAAGAUCUACAAGAUAAAGAGGCUGUUAUUCUGAAAUUAACACAAGAAUUAAAAUACCUCGCUGAGCAACACAGAAGUCUUAAUAAUGAAUACCAGGAAAAAACAACUGAAUUCCAUACUAAACUGAAAGAACUCAUGGGUCUCCACCAAACUAAGGAGACAUCUUUACAAGAUGAAUUGCGUGAUUCUCAAAGACAGCUAAAGGAUUCAUUAGCAAUGUGCACAGAGCUUGAUCAACGGCUUCAUGCAGCAAGACAGAGAGACUUAAUGAGAGAGACACAGAUGCACAAAGAAAUUGCUGUCUUGGCCAAGGAAAAGGACAAAUUCUUGGAUCUAUCGAUGCAAAGAGGGAAAAUAAUACAGGACAAACAGGUGGAAGUCCAGCAGUUGGAGACAAAAAAGCAAGAGGCUGAAAAAGCCAGGGCUGAUGCUGAACAACGGUUUGAAAGCGAGUCAGCUAUGGUGAAUGCCAGUCUGAAAGUCCAAGACCUCCAGCAUGCUCUUGAUGAGUCUGUCAAGACUUGCAACCAGUUGAAGAAGGAUUUUGAAGCCUAUAAAAACCACAGCACCGACCUGCUUGAAAAGGAAAAGGCGUUAAAUUCAAAACUGCGCCAUAUGAUGGGUUAGGACCACCAUUCCAUCCAUC